AUGGAGCAGAGAGAGAUCGGAUUUUCCAUAUUCAAGAUCUCGAACAACAAGCAGAAAAGGAGAUUUCUUCCGGGGAUCAAGGUGGCACUAUUGGAGGUCAAGGCCAAGGUUUCAAUCCGGGCUUUAACCUUGGAUAUGCCGGUCAGGGAAGAGAUAACUAUGGAAGUGGCUAUGGUGGCGGCCGCGGCUAUCGAGGUGGUUUUCGUGGUGGUCGAGGCCUGCAGGGUCGUGGCUAUGGCGGGCGUGGCGGUGGUCACUCCUACCCUAGUGACUUGUAUGGUCGCGGUCAUGGUGGAUAUCACGUUGAUGGCUACUGCGGAGGAUACAACACCGACAACAACAAUCAUGGCGUGGCGGCCACGGUUGGCAUGA